AAAAAAGCCCCCCCCCCACACACACACACACACACCACCACUUCCUUAAUCCUGUGAAAUAGGUGUACUUUACUGCUUCCAGAUAAAUCUAUCUAUAGAUCAUUAAAACCAACUGUAAAUCAGCUAUGAGAGAAGAACACUAGAAGAGCACAGUUUGAGGACCGCUAUUCAUGCAAGUGUAAAGGCUUGAACAGUAUCCUCUAAUGAAAUUAUAUCUAAAAAUAUACCAUGAAAUAUUUAACAAUUUUACCACUUCCAUUGAGGUGGAUAGUGGCGAAAUAUCUACCGAGAGCCGAAGGUAUACAAGAAACGACAAUAAUGAAGGCUAACAUCCCCACGAUAGAGACAACAUUCUUAUCAUGUUUAGACAUUAGAUAGCGAGAAGUUUAUUCAGGUCAGACCAUUUCUCAUUUCGGAAAUGGAGUAAAUUGUCUUUUUCUUGAAUUGAAGGAAGUGGCGCUCUUCUUUUGGUAGUUUGAUUAACAUCCUGCAUGUCCAGGUGGCUUGUCGCUAGCCAAUCAAGUGUAUUGUUCGCUUUUCCUCUGUUACACUGGAGCUUAACAAAUAUUUGCGCACCCUUUCUAAUUAUUCAUAUAUGCUGUAUCCUGCUCAAACAACACACAGGAUCUAACAAGAAAGAGUAGUUCUGUUUUUUCUAGAAAAAAAGUAUCGCUUUUGUUUAUGAAAAAUAUGGAAAACUUAACGAAUAAUUCAGAUAAAUUCAAUGAUAAAUCGUUUGUUGAAGUUAUGUCAAAUUUUAAAGUGUCUGGAAUGGCAUGCUUUCUCCUAACAUUGUCCAUCGUUGCUGUGGUCGGAAAUAGUCUGGUUUUCCACACAGUCCGCGUCACCUCUCGUCUUCACUCUCCGCCAUUCUAUCUCAUCUUGAGCGUAGCGCUGGCUGAUAUCCUUGUGGGAGUAUUUGUAAUUCCUGUCUCGAUAGUCUAUCUGGUAUUCUUCGAGAUGUCAGGAAUAUGGGUGAUGGGCGAGGCCGUCUGCGAUGUGUGGGUCCUCGCGAACUUUUGGUUCAGCGGCGCUUCUAUCCUCAGCUUAUGCGCCAUCACACGUGACCGCUACCUUGCCGUGACGUCACCGCUACAGUACCUGAGGCGCAUGCGCAGUUCACACACCGCUUUCCAGAUAGUCAUCUGCUGGCUGGCGUCAUUGGUGUCAGCGUUGAUAACCAUUCAUGGGCUUAAGACUUCUCCUAGGCGGAGAUUGUGUGAAGUUGAGGGUUUGACUGCAUGCUAUACGUUGUUCAAUUUUGUCUGUUUGUACGUUUUCCCCGUAACUGGGAUACUUUUUGUCAAUAGCACAAUUUGGUCAGCGGCUGCUAGGCAUUCGCGCAGCAUACAUUCCAUAGAAGAAAACGUGUCCCAUAAUUCCAUGGACACAGAGAGUAGUACCUCUGGACGCUCUCGCAGGCUCAAGAUGCAAAUCAAAUCGUUCAGGACAUUCUUGAUUAUGAUUGGCUGUUAUCUGGUUGCUUGGACACCUUUCUCUGUACUUUUACUUCUUCAGACUUUUCUAGAUAUUCCAGGGGGACUGCUCUAUUUUACUGUGGUACUCACUUACAUGAACAGCGCUUCAAAUUGUCUCAUUUAUGGGAUAUUUAACAAUGACUUUCGAAAGGCACUGAUUACUAGUAUCAAACUAGAUCAUUGUAAAUAGGAACAUAUCCAACGUACUACCUCUUCUAUAACUUUGCCAUAGCCCGAAACUAGUGUGAUUAUUGUGUGACAACAAAAAAGUCAACGCAUCAGAGUUUUGCAAAUAACAGGAUACGGCACCCCUCCCUUUACCAUCACUUUAUUAUUAAAAAAAAUCCAUUUUGAAAGUAUGUGAUAAAUGAACAUGAGCCUAUAGUGAUAGACCAUUAACUGACAGAAUCAGGAAUGAUAUCAGACACCCCCACCCAUCCCUCUCAAUAUUUUUUUUUAGCAUAAAAAAACUUCGGGCAAAAGGGAGUCAUCGAAGGGAUCAGUUUUAAAAGGACAUGAUUGUUAGAGGUAUUCUAUUAUUUCUGGUUUAUUGCCUGUGGAGCUCUAUAAAUCCAUGUGGAAUACCAAACUAUAACAAGAGAGAGUUUAAGUUCUAGUUAUUGUGUUUCUAUUGUAUAUAUAAAAAGAAUCAAUAAACAACAAUGUACUAAACAA